CGUGUUGACACUUGAACGUUUUUUGACGUUCUGACCAGCAAGUGUUUAUACCCGGUUUCUGUUUUUCGUGUGCCUCCAGAGUUUUUAAUAUUCAAAAUACAUAUUUUUCGGAAAACCAUGACGAAAACUGAGCUCAACGAAAUGCCCAAAAUUCAGCUGGGCGAUUACAUAGUAAUUCAACGGCAAAAGUAUACAAAAUUGCAGAAAUUCGGCAAUUUGGAUACCACAUCCAUGCUGGGUAAGGAGCAAUUGGAAUUACGCGGGCUUUUGGAUCAACCGUACAGUGCCACCUUCAAAAUGUGUCCAAAAGAGAGCACACCUUCCAAGCAGCGUGGCCAACGUAAUAUGCGUCUACAUACGUUAGAGCUAUGUAAUGAAUUGGAAAUGCGUGACAUACGUGAUCGUUUGGGUAUUUCAGCAAGUGGCGCCGAUAAUCGCGACAUAAUUGACGAUGGUGAUUCGCAAGCUUUGCGCCCACAGGAUAUCGAAGAACUGCGUGAACAACAUAGUGAAUCGACAAAAAUUAUUGAGAAAAUUGUUGAGAAUUCUAAAACAUUUCACGCCAAGACAGAGUACUCGCAAGAAAAGUAUUUGCGUAAAAAGGAGAAGAAAUAUUUUGAAUUUGUACAAAUACAUCGACCCACGCUGCGCUUAAUUACGGAGAUUUUCUAUCGACAAGAUGCUGACAAAGUGAUGGGCAUGCGUUUGGACACACUCUCUCAACUUAUCUCCUACUCUGGUGUGAGUGCGUUUGGCAACUAUUUGAUGUACGAAAGUGGCACAAAUGGUUUGCUACCCGCUAGUUUUCUGAAUUCAAUGGGUGCUGGUACCGAGGCAACAUUGGUACACAUGCACCCCGGCAAUGUGCCACAAAAGCAGGCAAUGUUAGCGCUAAAUUUGCCAUAUGAGCAAUUGCAACGUUGCAUCUCGGUCAAUUUGUAUUCCGUAUUGCGUGAGUACUAUCAAGGUGAAGUAACAGAACUUGCAGCAGCACCAGAUACACCAAUAGAAGAGAUAGAGCCCAGCAGUAAAAAACAGAAAUUGAACGAUGGUGAUGCGGCACCCACGUCUACAUCUAAUAGCGGUGAAAGUAAUGGCGAAAGCAACGAAUCGCCAGCGGUGUCACCAUCCAAUACUUCUGUGCAAGCACAGAAAUGGCAAGUGGAGAACCGUCGUGCCUGUGAACUUAUGCGUGCGAAAUUCGAUGGACUUGUGAUUGUAGCCAAGGAGCAUCCGAGCAACAUAGUACAAGCCUUGCUGCCUUUUGUAAAAUCCUCACGUCCAAUUGUAGUGUACAGCCAAAGUAAGGAGCUACUGAUGGAUCUGCAUGUCGAACUUAAAACCAGUUCGAAUGCCACAAAUCUGCAUUUAACUUCAAAUUGGUUACGCUAUUAUCAAAUAUUACCAAAUCGCACGCAUCCGGAAGUGAAUAUGAAUGGUAACAGUGGUUACCUAUUGACUGGUUAUACUAUAGGUUAACAGUUUUAGUUUAUAAUUAUUAUUAUUUUACUUCAAUUAAAUACAAUCAUAUGUGUGUAAAGACGUA